AUGCCUGAGAUACUAAAAGAAGCCGUGUUGAAACCAAAACUAAAGAAAGAUUCGGUGGAUUACGAAGAAUACACAAAUUUCCGACCUAUUUCAAAUUUAAAAUUCCUGUCUAAAGUAAUUGAGAAGGUUGCUGCCGGUCAGCUUCUGGAACACUUGGCUAAUAACAAAUUAGAAGAACCCUUCCAGUCGGCAUAUAAACGUUUUCAUAGUGCAGAAACAACCAUAAACGAUAUUCUUGUAGCCAUUGAUAAUCGUAAGUGUGUGGUGUUGCUAUUACUAGAUAUGUCAGCAGCAUUCGAUACUGUUGAUCACGAACUUUUAUUACAACGAAUGUUCAAAAGAUUUGGGAUAGAUGGGCAAGUGUUGAGAUGGUUUCAGUCCUAUCUUCAGAAUAGAACGCAAAGUGUAGUGAUUGACG